UUCACCCAACUGAAGCGAACAAUUUCCAUCAAAUUCACCUAUAUAACAACAUGUCAAACUACUAAUAUAAAUAAUAUAUAAUUUUGUUACCAAUGUCUUGAAUAACAUCGUCACCAUGUGUGAGAUAUUCCCAGAAGUGGAAACAUGCUGCGCGGUAGUUUCCAUAAGAGUUGGAAUGCUAUUAAUAUCCAUUUUAGCAAUUUCCACGGGAACGAUAACUCUCAGUAUCAUGGAACAGAGGACAAAUAUAAAUCUUGAAAGUGUAAUGCAUAUGUACAGCAAUGUCUCUAACAUCACCAGCCCGGAGCAGGCUCUUUCAGAGCUGAGCAAUCUGAUCACCACUAGCGUUUCAGCAAUGUCCGUCAUCUUCAUAACGGCUGGCGUGUUCCUGCUGUUCUCAACAUUAGCGGACCAAGAAGGUUUUGCUCAAAUAUUCGUGUGGCUAACAGUCCUGAACAUUUUGAUCGGACUUAUAAUGGUCUUUGCGAUAUCUUUCGAGUGUGUUUUACAAACAAAAUGUUUGCUCGGCAAUAUGGAUUGGCUGUCGGCUGCCACUUCGCUUGUCGUUAUGGUAUUUUAUUUGAUUAUGUGGUAUUACUUUUGUUGCGUGGCAAACAGUUACGUACUCAAUGGAUACACUUAACGAAAAUACUCAAAAAUUGACCUCCACCCAAUAUUAGACUAUACUGUUACUCCGACAAUCAGUUAUUUCGAAAAUAUUUUAUUUCGACACAACUCAGCCGAGAUUUUUAAGUAUUUUUUGCUAAUUCAGUAGUUUUUUUUAAGGAUAAUGUAUUUAAUAAUGUCUCCUUUAUAGAUACCUAUAUUACGAAAGCGAGUAAGUCAUGCUUGUGUGAGUAAAUAUGCGUGCAAAUUGUCUUUGUGUGACUCGGUGACUCGACCAAUACUGAGCGCUUCCGAGCUUACGCAUGCAAAGAUAAUGUUCAUGUACACUUACGCAUACAAGUGUGUGUUUUUAAAAGUGAAGUUGUUUUAUUUUCGAGUUUUAUAUUUGCUGAAUUAUGUCGAAGUAAAAAUUGUUUUAAUUAUUUUUUUCUUCGAAGUAAUUGUUAUAGUAACAGUCUUGUCUCAUAUUGGGGUGGUUGAGGUCAAUUUUUGAGUUUAAGAAAAGGCACUAUCUCACACAUAUCAAGAUUUUUGGUAAUCAAAAUUGAUUUUUAUUUUUAGAGUCACUAAAUCAUGUCAGAAUGUCUAAAUA